AUAUGAGGAGACAGAUCGAAGUACUGCGCUCAGGCUAGGUAUGACGCAUCAUGACUCUACGCUACACAAAGAUAGAGACAUGACACCAUAUUUCAUGCGAUGGGACCAUAGAGGUUCUACGUCGUGGUGGGAUGUAGAUGAUAAAAAUCCUCAGGUGGUCUCGCGAGCUCUAGGUCGAGAAGGACAAGAAGUGGUUCCAAGACGCCGACUUCCUCCAGCUGAACGUCACUUGCCUUUCUCGCACCAUUUGCCAUACACGCGUACACGCUCGAAACGGCUGGUGCGGGAUGAGGCAAUGCUACAAGUCUUCAUGAGAGUGAGUGUGGGUGAAGACUCAGCGGAUAGCGAAUGUGAAGGUCUCGCAAGAGACGUAAUACGGGAACAAAGGCUAGGUGCAUUAAGAGAGAUCACGACACAAAGAUGGGUGUUUCAUGAGGUGAUCGUUUGUGUGAAAGGUACUAUACGAGCAGAUAUCAUUCAAUAUGAAACACCAACAGAGGCGAGAGUUAGGAUUGAGGACGAGGACGAGGACGACGAGGACGAGGACGAGGAGGACGAGGACGAGGACGAGGACGAGGACGAGGACGAGGACGAGGACGAGGACGAGGACGAGAGGACGAGAGGACGAGAGGACGAGAGGACGAGGACGAGAGGACGAGAGGACGAGAGGACGAGGACGAGGACAGAGGAGGAGGAGGAGGAGGAGGAGUGCUGUCUCUUAUACACAUCUAGAUGUAGUUGGCCAAGUCUAGUUGACGGUCAGGGUGAGGGUGGGAGUCAUCAUAACAUAACAGAGCGGUUGGCGAUCGCGGACGUGCAGAGGCUUUGCAUAUCGUGCAGUCGCGGCACAGGUAGCAUGGAAUGUGUGGUUGAUCUGCAAGGCAGUGACAGCGAUAAUGAAAGCAAGCCCAUUCGUGGUAGAGGUCGGCAUCAUAGAAAACCUCCUGCCCCCCGGAUGACAAUGGAUAUGAUGAUGCAGCGAGGAGCGGACAUCCGUCUGACGGCCAGGCAUCCUGAUGUUUAUGAGCCAUGUGAUGAUUCGUUUGCUCUCGUAGAUGCACUGCUAGCAGAUCAAGUUCACCUGCAGGAUCACCUGCCCAGUCUCUGUGUGGAGGUGGGAAGCGGCAGCGGUUAUGUAAUUACCUCCCUUGCACUAAUAACUGGGCUAUCAGGUGCGGCGAAGUUCAUUGCGACAGAUCUGAACCCCCAGGCUGCUGACGUGACACGUCAAACCCUUGCUGCGCACAAUGUAGAAGCAGAUGUCAUUGUUACAGAUUUGUUGAAAGGGUUGGAUAAGAGGCUCGCUGGUGCUGUGGACUUGCUGCUUUUCAACCCACCUUAUGUUCCCACCCCUGACGAGGAGGUUGGGGGUCCUGGCGUCACUGCCGCCUGGGCUGGGGGCGAGAGAGGAAGAGUUGUCAUUGACCGAAUGUUGGCACAGGUCGACUCCUUGCUGUCGAGUAAGGGCUGGUUUUACAUGGUGACGCUUACAGCAAACAAUCCGGGGGAAAUUUGCCGGAAGAUGAACAAGAUGGGCUUCGCAUCGAAAAUCAUGAUCCAGCGGAGGACGGAGGAAGAGAGCUUGCAUGUGCUCAAAUUCUGGCGGCAACCGGAAUCAGAUUCAGGAGAGGGUGGUGGGGUAGUGCCAACGUUCACUCGCGCUCUAAGUGCACGGUUAGCCUUCUGGAGGCACUCAACAUAGCUGCAAACUAUUUUUUGGUUCAAGGUUAGAGAAGGAAGGAUCCCGUGCAUGGUAGCAUAAUGAGCAGACGCAGUUGAGGGGAUGGAGGGGUGGUGAGGGGAUUUUGAAUUCCUGAUUGAAAUGUCUUUAUCUUGCAUACCGUUACUGGAAUCCGCAAAUGGUGCGGGUUUUGUGUGUGUUAGAGAGAGAGAGAGAGAGAGAGAGAGAGAGAGAGAGAGAGUUGGAAGUGGUGGUGAGGGAAAGUGUGCAGGGCAUCUUUGACCUUCAGCUGUGAUGACAGAAUUGGGCCGAAUGUUAAUGAGAAUAUAGACAAUAAAGUGUUCAUGCAUGGAUGGUUUUAGUGGAUGAUAAAACCUUCACGCAUGGAAGAAGAUUAAGAGAGAGUAACAUGUAAUAGGUGAACUGGACAGGCCCUUCGAUUCGGACUACGAUUGGGCAAUUCAAUUGGCAACUGUGAUGGAGGUUUGACCAUAUGCGGAUAGGGUUUUCUUUUUGCAGAUUCUGCAAACAGCUCAUCUCUGCAAACAGCUCAGAAUGAGCUGUGGCUAGAACCAUUUUAACGC